AUGGGUCGAUCUCGUGCAAAGAAGAAAAAAGAUUCAGAAAGAUCCAGACGUCGAUUAAAUAUUUUUAAUAGAAAUAAAAGUGCAAAGAUUAUAACGGGAAAUUUUUUCCAAAUACAUAGAUGCCUCGCUUAUUUAGCUUUACAACCCCGUUUACAACUCGAUCGAUCGGCAUCAACACCGGGCAUUUCACUAACUCUUGAGAAGGAUAUAAUACUUUAG